CUUUGAGACUGGAGAAGCAGUUCUUUAGGGGAGGAGGCGAAAGAGAGUUAAAGUGAAGAUGGCGAGAGGCUCCCGGUGUUUGAGAAGAGCGGUUGCGGAAUGUAUCAGACACUUACCGUCCACAGCCAGUCGAGAAACACCGGGCAGGAAUGGAGUGAGAUAUCUGUCUUCAUGUGGGAUUCUGAUGACCAGGGUGCCGCCCCUCUUCAGGGCUCUUUCAAGUCGUGCAGUCGUAGCUCCAGCCAGGAGCUUCUUUAACCUCUCGGAGUCCUUUAACAAAAGGAAAGAGUACUCUGAAAGACGUAUCAUUGGGUACUCCAUGCAGGAAAUGUAUGAAGUUGUUGCCAAAGUAGAAGACUACCUGCUGUUCGUGCCCUGGUGCACACGCUCGGACGUUAUAUUUCGCCGCUCUGGAUUUUGCAAGGCCAAACUGACCGUGGGCUUCUCUCCUGUUGUAGAAAAUUACACCUCUCUUGUUUCUACAGUUCGCCCUCAUUUGGUCAAGGCAUCUUGUUCUGAUGGAAAACUUUUCAAUCAUCUGGAGACAGUGUGGCGCUUUAGUCCUGGUCUUCCUGGUUACCCUCGUACCUGCACACUUGACUUCGCUAUUUCCUUUGAGUUCCGCUCUCUUCUGCAUUCUCAGUUAGCCACUGUUUUCUUUGACGAGGUGGUGAAGCAGAUGGUGUCAGCCUUUGAACGGCGAGCGGGCAAGCUGUAUGGGCCCGAGACGCAGAUCCCACGUGAACUCAUGUUCCAUGAAGUCCACCACACGUAGUUCAUUCCACACGCUCAGACUGACGGGGGAAGUUUGGGGGUUAAUGUGAGCAGUUCAGGGAACUGGGAGUUUUAUUGAAAGUAUUCAUUUAGAGUAUUAUAAGGACAGUCGAGAGCGGAAACUCUGUGGCUGAGUGACGUCAGUGCCUGGUCCAAAACAAAAGAACUCAUUUUAAUUUUUAAUGCUAAAAACAUGUGGCUGGAUCUUUUAGGGGACUUUAUUGUGCUCUAGUGAGCUUCACCCCACUACCUCCAUGUUAACCUUUUAGAACCCGCUUUCUCUAUGAAAUGGCACCUGAAGCUGUGUUUUUAAUACAAGGACCUUGAGACAGCUACCAAACACCAUUAUGGCAUUUCGAAUGGCACGAUAUACACGUGCCAUAGGUUGCUUUGAAAGGACGACAAUUUAAAGUGCAUUAUGACUUCAUGUUGCUGUCGUAUAUCUAGUAAAUAGUGUAAAUAUUGAAAAGCGUAUAGGUGAUCCUUUAUGAUUUCAAGGAAGCGAUGAGGUGAUUCUACUUGAGUGCAUGCGUCACACGCAGAAAAAGUCGCAGCCAAAAGCACACGAGGUGCUAACAGGGUAUCAAAGCUGUGCAAAGGACUGCUGAAUUAUUGUGUGCAACCUCAAAGAAAGGCUUGCAGAGAAAAUGCUUACAUAAAUCAUGCCUUAAACCCAAAUGCUGCCAUAUAAAAAAAUUCCUUAUGGCUAAAGGGAUAGAGAAGUUUGCACAGUUUCGAUUUACCUGCAGCGAUUAAUGCACUCCUUGUACCUGGGAGCGUGCGAUGCAAAAUAAAAAUGUUUGUGACUUCUACAUGUUCAGAUGAAAGACUUUUUAUCUCCUAGAGGUGUGCAAUAUAUUUGGAUUGUGUUCUUUUUAUCCGAGCGCUUGCCAAUUUGUGAUAUCCACUGCUUCUAAAAGGGCCCAAACUCUGGGAAUAGAGGAAGUACUGACUCUGUCCUAGAGCUCUCAACUGAUUGUAGUGAGGUAUCGGUCACAACAGACCUUUAAAGAUUCCAAUCCACAGCCGGUGUGCUUCCUGUGCUUUACUGCCUUUGUACCGACAGUUACAUAUUUAUCAUUAUCUUAAAGAACAUGUAUGCAUAGUCAUCCUGUAUUUAUUUUGGUUAUGGGCAAACCACGUGUACAUAUCUGAUGUAAGACCACAGACUAAACUAUAGUGCACAAUUCAGCUACAAAGAAAUUAUCUUUUUUUCUUUUCUUUUUUUUUGUGAUCUUUUCUUUGUUUUAAUUUAGGUGUUUUAAUGAGUGUGUUGUGGGUGAAUAUAUAUCCUGUCUGCAUGGUUUAUAAACUAUUUUUAUAUGUAAAA